AUGACCAGACUUGCUCUUGCUCCCGUUCUGCUGCUCGCCGGCCUCGCCAGCGCUCAAUCCUCUGAUAAACGGGGCCUCGUAUUCACGCCCAAUGCCGAUUGGCCCAGCGACAACCAGAUUUGGGUGCAGAGUGGCAGUGAUUUAACAUGGUAUUACAAUUACCAGUCGCAGCCAUCGCCGGAUUACACCUCAAUUUCGCAGGACCAGUUUGAGUUCGUGCCCAUGAUGUGGGGAGUUUCAGCCAACCUCAGUGACACGACAUUCCUUUCACAGGUUCAGACUCUCAUCAACCAGGGCACCAACAUCACGCAUGUGCUGGGUUUUAACGAGCCAGACGGCUCAACUAGCAACGGCGGGAGCGACAUUCAGCCCAGAGAUGCUGCUCAGGCCUGGGUGGCCAAUUUUGAGCCUCUGGGCAAGAUGGGCAUCAAGCUGGGCUUGCCGGCGACUACUGGCGGACCCGACGGCAUUCCAUGGCUGAAGCAGUUUUUGGCGAAUUGUUCUGAUAUUGUAAGCACUGGGAAUCAGAAGAAGAAUUGCACAUUCGACUUUUUGCCUGUGCAUUGGUAUGACAACUUUGCCGGGCUGGCGUCACUUAUUGGAGAGAGGAGGGCAACAUGGCCUAAUACCAGCAUUUGGGUGACGGAAUACGCAUUUGCGAACCAAGAUCUACAGACGACGCAAGAGUUCUUCAACCAGACUCUCGAUUACUUUGGCAAGUUGGAUUACAUUGCCCGGUACACUUACUUUGGUGCCUUCCGCUCCAAGGUGUCCAACGUUGGACCCAAUGCGUCGUUUUUGAACAAUGGUGGCCGGCUGACUGACAUUGGAUCUUGGUACCUUGGCUUCGGCGCGACGAAUGUUAAGCCUACAAGUACCAAUGCGGCCUCGUCGACAAGCAUCGUGUCAAUUUGGACUGUUUCUGCGAUUGGAUUGAUGGUGGUAUAUAUGAAUGGACUGAUUUAG